GUGAUAGCUCUGUGUGCAGCAAUCAUUUCCAGGUAUGAGCUGCUGUGCUAUUUAAGGCUUUGUGCUAAGAAACAAGGUGACAAUCCAGAGAUCUUACAGGAACACACAGGCUGCCCUCACUUACUGUCCUCUGGGUAAGUAGGAGACACCUUGCUUUAUCAUGUGCACUGGAACAACACAUACACACACACACACACAACUAGAACCCAUCUACACCAUCAGUAGAAUGUGCCAUGAUCCAGAUAUUUAUUGGAGAUAUUUGUCCACACUUAUCUGAAGCUUAUUAUGCAUUGUAAUGUAUUGCACCAUUGUGUCACAAAUUGUUCAAAUGUGAAAAUGCAUCAUCAAUUAUUUAAUUGUAAAUCGUUUAAUAGAAUUAUUGGAUGAAAAUGAUUGAGAUGUAGUAUAAGUCUGUGCAUUUGAAGAAAAUAUUUGCUGUCUAUUUACUAAACAGCGAGUUUUUUUGGCGUCUGACGUGAUGAUAUUAUGGAAAAAAAAGGCAAGAGAUAAAAAAAACCCACAGCAUUGCUGGGGGGAGAUAUUUCCACUAAGGCUGCAUUAGGCUCGAUUUUCCAAUUUUAGAGACCUCGAUCCUUAGAGAAUAGACCUCACUGUGCUUAAACGCAACACAUACAAUAAAAAAAAUAUAUGUAAUCCUAUUGUACAGCGCUGCGGAAUUUGUUGGCGCUAUAUAAAGCAUAAUAAUAUUAAUAAUAAUAAUUAGAACAUAUAUCAAUGUAUUACAGAUUCAUAUAUUUAGAUUAUGCUUCAAGCUCUAUAUCACAGGCUAUAUAAUAUUAUCCACCGUCUAUAAUGUAUAAUAACCUCUGUGAUAUUUGUUGCUUGUUUUUGUUUUCAAAACUGAGAGACAUAAGUGGAUGUUGGAGGGGGAAAAAAAUAAUAAGAGAUCGCCAUGCAUGUUCUUAUUACAAUUAAUAAUAAUAAUAAUAAUAAUUAUAAUUAUUAUUAUAAAAUAAUUCAGAAAUCUAAUUUUUGUUUGUAUUUUAUUUUUUAUUUAUAUUGUUCUGUCUAUUGAUGGUUAUUAAUUUAGUCAGAUCACUGUCAGUCUAUAGGUCCCUGCAUGUUUGAAGCCAUUCUCCUUCUCUUGUGUUUUGUUUUUUUCUGACAUGCAGUUUGUGCUUGUUUUAAAGAUUGCCAGAUCCACCUGGGUGUCCAGGAGUGCAGAUUAUCUGUGUAUCUCCAUUAAAAGCUGACAAGGAGCAAGAUAAGAAAUUCUCCAUCUUCUCUCUAUUUUGUUGGUGAGAAGCGACAAGGAGACACUCACCUUGCAUCGUGGACCUCACUAGAGAUUAAAUCCUUUGAUUACCGGAUUUUUGGUGUCAUCUGUGAAUCUCCUGCUACCUUGGUGGUCCUGGAGGAUUAUACAAAAAAUUAAAGGGAAGGCUGGGAACAACCAGAACACUAAAUAAUAAAUCAUAGUAUUAGCUAAAAUAUAGGGUUAUUGCAAGGAAAACCUUUUUGUUUUCUGAAUUUAUCCGUGGUACAAAGUGGUGCAGAUUGUAUCUGUUGAACUAAUACUUCCUCCUCUGAUUUGUACUAUCUUGAUUUGCAAGAAGACACGAAGUGGACAUUUGACAAUCACACACACGUAAAGACCUAGGAACAUCUGAUUAAAUUGGGAUGACAGCGGAAAGCCAACAGUCUCCCAGCAGAGCCACGGGGGCUGGCACCAACCUCCAACAAGCCAGUGGCUUCUCAAUACCAGUGGUUAAAGUGGAGAAGGAUCCAAGUGAAACAAGUGUCUCUUCCAAUGGGCAGCCUGACGUUGAUGAAACCCCCAAAGGAAGAAGGAGGAAAAGACCUCUCCAGAGAGGCAAGCCACCCUACAGCUACAUAGCCCUAAUAGCCAUGGCUAUUACCCAUUCAUCUGACAGGAAGCUCACUUUAGGUGGAAUCUACAAAUUUAUAACUGAGAGAUUCCCCUUUUAUCGGGACAAUUCAAAAAAAUGGCAAAACUCCAUCAGACAUAACCUGACUCUGAAUGAUUGUUUCAUUAAAAUUCCCAGGGAACCAGGAAGGCCAGGGAAGGGGAAUUACUGGGCUCUGGAUCCCAAUGCAGAAGACAUGUUUGACAGUGGGAGCUUCUUGAGGAGAAGAAAAAGGUUCAAGAGAACUGACCUAACCACAUACCCAGCCUACAUCCAUGACACUAGCAUGUUCUCGGCUAUUCAAGUUGGCAGGCCCACCUACCACAACUCUAUGUACCCCAACGUGGCCAUGAGCCCUACUUACAGCCAGCAGAUCACACCACAUUCCUCAGUGUACUACCCAUCGUCAUCACCAGCCUUCAGCACAGGCCAGUCCAGGGUGUUCAGCAUAAAUACACUCAUAGGUCCACCCAGCGGACCCGAGUCUGGUCAGCAGGCAAACAGGUCCAUCAGCCCUGAGAUUAGUUCAUCCUCCACCAGUUCCUGUACCUAUGGGAGUGCAAGCUACAAUAGUCAGGCAGGUGGAGGCACCAUGCAUCCAAGGUCAGCCAACUCGGUGGCCUAUUCCUAUCCAGUUCCUAACAGCCAUCUGCCAAUGAAUCAGAGCUCCUAUGCCCACGGGAAUUCACAGCUGUUUGGGACAUCCAGUAGGCUGCCCAUGCCAACCUCCCCUGCCAUGAACAGUGAGACCAUGGAUUUGUACGGUAGGAUGUCUCCUGGACAGUACACCUCACUGACUCCCUACAACACCAAUGGGCAGCUAGGUGGCUCUAAUGCCUACCUGAGACAUGCCACAUACCCAGGCAGCAUGGAAAGGUUUGUGUCUGCUCUUUGAUGUAAUGGGUGGCACUGCCAUGCACAAACACCCAACACACAGAUCAAGGUGAUGGAGCCUGGUGGCUGAGGAGCACAUUCUAGAGGUGGUCACCCUAGUCGGGGGCCAUGCUGUGUUGAUGCUGGACACGAUUACUAGAUCUAGUUGCUCCACAGUUGUGUACUCUGUGGGGUUUGUGAGGUUUCAGUCUCAUGCUGAUCAGCAUUGCUGUAGUUUUUGUUCCUAUAUGGUACAAUCAGAUGCAACCUGGAUUGAAAGCUGCAAUAGUUGACCAACUAAAUGUCUUUUUUUAGCUGUUUUCUUUUUCUUUUUUUUCUUUUUUUAAUUUUCCCUAUGGGACAAAAUAAAGACAGCAUUUUUUGUAUUGUAUAAUAAUUAUGCUUUGUGAUAUGUACAUAAGCGUUUUAACACUAUAGGGUAACUGUGAAUAUCCUUUUUGUACUGUAUUUUGUAUUCUGUCAUAAAAACAAUGUAAUAUACAUUAUGUAAUAUACAUUAUUCCAUUGAAAUGAAACAGACGUUAUCAAUGAUGCUUAUACUAAAAAGCAAAUGUUUAGAUGACAAACAACUAAUAAUACUGAAUCCAAAAUAACCAAUGUGAAAUAUAUAUAUAUAAUCUCCUGCAAAUUUUCGAUGGAAUAUUUCUUUUAACUUGGUUAUUUUGAUAUGAAUUUUAGCAAGUUGCCGUUUGAUGACUAAAUCCAUUUUAUAAGAAACGUUUCGGCCACAUCUAUUCGGCUUCUUAGCUGCAACAAUUGGAAAUAGUGUGAAAAAAUAUAUAUUUUGUAAAACAUUGCACUUAUUUUUAUUUUAAGAAGAUGUUAGGGGGUGCGGGGACUGUGCUUUCUUAACUAUUUUUUACAUUGUUUUUGCUGUAAACCAAAUAAAUAUAUAUUAAUGACUGAUUAAUUAAAGAAUAGCCACUCUAUGACUUAUGUAACCGGGUUAUUAUAUAUGGCUUGUGGGCAUAUUGACACACAGCAAUAGGACUUCUUUAGUCUAUAGACUAUUUCUAAUGAUAACAAAAAUAUAUAUUUUUUUAAAACCGAUUAAUACAGUGAUCUGUAAAUAUUAUUUUUACUACAGGAGCAUAUUUCAUUCUAUAUUGUGUGUGUGUGUGUGUGCGUGUUAAACAAUUUCAAUUGUUAAUGUGUGUGUUAUUAAGCGGGUGUAUGUAAGUGGAACAGUUUACUACUAUUAGUGUGUGUAAAUGUACUGUUGUUACUGUGUGAUUACAUUUAAUUCUGUUAGUGUGUGAUAUUUUAAUACUGCCAUUGAGUGUGUUAAACAGUUUAAUAUUGUUAGAGUAUGUGUAAAUGUAAUAUUGAUAGUGUAUGUGUGUAUGUGUGUUGAAACAAUGUAAUACUGUCGGUGCGAAUGUGUGUUGAUUUAAUACUUUUAGUGUGUGUGUGUGUGUUAAAUAAACCGUACUGUGUGUGUAUUUGUGGCUUGUGUUUGUGUACACAUAUUUGUAGGUGUAUGUGAUACUAUGUUCGUGUCUUGAUCUCUAUUUAAAAAAAUCUGUAGUAAACAUGUAUGUGAAAUGCUGCUUAUGUGCGUGUGUGUUAUAUAAUUUUAAUUAUUGUGAUUCUGUGUUUAAAUAAUUAGUACUGUAAUGUUUGUCUCUUUGCAAUCCUUUUAUUAUUUAGAUGUGUGAGAUUUUCUACUUGUAUGUAUGUGAUAUAUAUAUAUAUAUGUUUUUUUCUGCAUAUCAUAUUUUUAGUAAAUAAUAUAAUAUAUUUGAUAUAUUGUAUUUACUACGCGUUAACAUUAGAGAUUUAUGUGCCGGUUAUAUCAUUAUUAGAAUGAUUAAAAAAAAAAAGAAUAAUUUAUUAUUAAAACGUAAGUUAAUUAUUUACUAAUAUUACAUGUCGAGAGAAACGAAAGCUUUUUUUCUAUAUAAUUUUUUUUUGCUCACACAUCGUGAAAUUCAAUGAUUCAAGCCUUUGAUAUGGCGUUUUAUAAAAGGGUUGUGUCCAGAUGGCAGAGAAUAUUAUACUUGAUGGACCUUGAUUUAAAAAAUUUGAAAACAUAUAUCAGAUUUAUCUUGGUUUUUCUUUAUAAAACUUUUGACAGAUUUACCAAGCAACGCAAUACCUUGAUGAUUAUAUAUGAAGGUUAUUAUUAUUCAUUUGGGGGGAGAUGGGGGAGGGGUUAAAUAUUGUUCAAGAUAAAUGGGUCAACAAAAAUGCACGGUUCUUCAUUUAGUGGUGAUUGUUGAGUUGUGUAGUAUUGAUACUGCUUGGUAGAAUUUCACUGAAAAUUUCAGAGAUGAUAAACAUCGCAUAUCUAUUGUAGCAGCCUGGUUAAUUUGGUCUGAAUGUUGCAAGGUGCCAUCUCAACAUAGCACUGUUUAGUAAACAAAGCCUUAGCAAACAGGAGUAUAUCGGCUCUAUGUACCUGUUUAAUUCUCUCAAUGUACCCUCCAGACACUGGUUUUAGAUGUGGGUUGUCACUUCCUAGUGGGUCCCUGGUGUAAUUCAGCAACACAACAGCAUUAGGUGCAUAGAGGAUUCAGUGCAGCCGGUAAAUGAGGUAUGAGCCUCUGAGACUACAAGAAAAGGUCACUUUUCAUCUGCACUGUAUAACAAGCAUAUAUUCUGUGUAUUGUUUGUUAGCACAUUUAUUGAGUCAAUAUUUGUUAACAAUUAGCACCAUAAUUGUAUUAUCAUCUUCAUGAUCAGAUUAUUAACCAGGUGAUUUAAAUGUGCAUUUAAAAAAAUAAAAUUAAAAUACAAGGGUACUGGGCAUUACUUUACACAGACCCACAUUGAAUUUACUAAAAGCAGAAUUUGAGACUGACACAAUAUUUUUACCAAGCAACUCAAUACAUAUAUAUACAUGUUCCUUUAUCUCUCAUCUCAAUUCCGGUUGGUUCAAACUCCUACCUGUCUAUAACUGUAAAUUGUUUCUGAUUAUAUAUAUAUAUAUAUAUAUAUAUAUAUAUAUAUAUAUAUAUAGUUAAUACAUUGCUAAACACAAAUACACACACCAGUCAAGCCAUAAGACUUGCUUUUCCCACAGAAAUCUCAUUUUAACAGUGCUCUCACUAUUGCAAGGGAUUUAGGGUAGGCGUAUGCAAAUGAGCUCAACAAAGAACCAAGUUUUUAUAUAUAGUGGAAUUAUGAGGCAAAAAUAUGGUUCUUUCUUGAGCUCAUUUGCACAUGCCUACCCAUAAUCCCUUGCAGUAGUGCGAGCACUGUUAAAGUGAGAUUUCUGUGGGAAAAGCAAGUCUUAUGGCUUGACUGGUGUGUAUUUGUGUUUAGCAAAGUAUUAACUAUUCACUUACGUUAGGUGGAAGGUGUUUUCAUCCACAUUUUUUUCCCCACCACAACUUUUUGGGGUAUGUACCGUACUAUAUAUAUAUAUAUAUAUAUAUAUAUAUAUAUAUAUAUAUAUAUAUAUAACGUUUCGUUUUCAACUGAGCUCAUGUUCAAUCUUAGUUUAGCUUGAAAAAGAUCUCAGCUGAUAUCUAAGCUUUGCAUGUUUAUCAUGUCUUUCCAAUAAAGCUGCUGUACAAGUGAUCCUGAGUGCCUGGACUAUAUUUUUUAUUUUACCAUUGGAGUGGGGUUAGCCAGCCCCAAUCUGGAUGCACCAGGACCAGUAUGAAAUAAGAGUGCGUAUUCCUCCUUUUGUUUGUACAUUAAAAUACACCGAAGAACUGGAAAGGAGAUGUUAUUAUUUAUAUUUUGGUGCAGUGCUUUUUAAAAUAUUUUUAUACAAACUUUUUUGAAUCAUAUGAUAUUUCUGUCCAUACCCCAUGAAAAAAAUAAAAGGUCAGUUGUUCUAAACUGAAUGAAAAA